AUGAAGUGGACCUUCGUAGUGCUUGUUGUGGCUUUGGGAAUGGUCGCCACCAGCCUUUCCGGAACAUCCGCUGCAACGAAUCCGCGAAUUGUUAUCAUCGGGGCCGGGGCAUCGGGAAUUGCAGCUGCUACGACUCUGUACCGGGCUGGGCUCACCAACAUCACUCUGCUGGAGGCUUCGCAGCGCAUUGGAGGACGCAUUAACUCUGCGCCUUUUGGUAGUAACGCUUCGCCCGUGGAGCUGGGAGCUCAAUGGUGUCACGGAGAAGGAGGUAACGUUGCUUACCAGAUGGCGUCCGUAUUUCCCGGUCUACUCGAAACUUCCAUCGUCGAGGAAAACGAAUACUUGGUCCAGUCGGAUGGAACACAGGUGCCGGAGUCGAUUUCCGAUCGCCUGUGGGCUUUGGGCGAAUCCAUCUUAGAAGCAUCCUAUACCUCCAACUACGACGGAUCGUUGGGCGACUAUAUUACCACUCAGUAUCGCGCCGCAAUAAACUCGCCAGAGUACAGUGACAUCAAUCCUGAGCUGGCGAAGCAGUUUUUGGUAAGUUUCGACAACUCCGAACUCCGAGGCCAUAGUGCAAUCGAUUCGUGGUUCGAUGUGGCCGCAACGAGUGACGACGGGUAUGUGGAAACCGAAGGAGAGCAAUCGCUAGCCUGGACGGGAAAGCGGGGCUUCAGCUCGAUACUGGACAUAAUGACGGGAACUUUCCCAGGAUCCACCAACUCAGUGGUGCCAAUCAACACUCUGACUAGUUUCAACAAAGUGGUUAACGGUAUCCACUGGCAAGGAACUACCGAUGACCUUGUUACAGUCGCUACCGAAGACUGUUCACUAUAUUCUGCCGAUCAUGUGAUUGUGACCGUAUCGCUGGGUGUGUUAAAGGACAACUCUCGUACCAUGUUCACUCCCGCGUUACCGACGAUCAAUCAGAACGCGAUCGAUGGCCUCAACUUUGGCACGGUGAACAAGGUGUUCCUUCUGUUCGAUACUCCCAUUCCCGAAGCGUUCGGGAAUGUCGUCGAUCUCCUGUGGUACGAUCAGGACCUUCAGACUUUACGGCAAUCGAAGCACGCCUGGGCCGAGGCUGUUGGCUUUUUCUACCGCGUGGACAGCAAACCGCACGUACUCUGCGCUUGGUUGAACGGUGUUGAAGGUCGCCAGGCAGAACUGUUGUCGGAUGACGCGAUUAAGGAGGGUCUGCUGUAUCUGCUCAACAUUUUCGGUAAGAAGUACAACUUCGGAAACGUACAAGCUGUUUUGAGAUCAAAAUGGUCUUCAGAUCGCUUCAUCCGUGGAUCUUACUCUAGCCGAUCGAUCGUCACCGAACGUCUUAAAACUGGAGCGGGUGAUCUGGGAGCAUCGCUCACAGCUACCGAUAAUAUACCAGUAGUUCUGUUUGCUGGAGAAGCCACCAGCGUCAAACACUACUCCACUGUCCACGGUGCGAUCGAAAGUGGCCAACGUGAAGCGAAUCGUUUGAUCAACCUGUAUGCAUGA